UCCCAGCCCGCCGAUCCCGCCGAUCCCGCCGAUCCCAAUGUCGAACGCACCCGGGCGACGCAUCGAUCCCCAGGUUUUUGUCGAGGCCGGCAAGGCGGCCCUCGAGCGCUACGAUGCCGACAAGGCCCUGGCGCUCUUUACCAAGGCAAAGAAAGCCCUGCCGGACGAUAUCACGGUCAUGGACUUGGUAGCGUUGGCGCUCAUGAGCGCUGGCAGACUGGACCAGGCGCUGGAAGAAGCGCAGAAGAUAGUCAAGCUUGAUCCUCGAUCGUCGGUGGGAUAUCUUCGAGCGGCCAAGGUGUUCAGGUUGCUCAAGAACCAACCCGCCGCCCUCAAAGUCUGCCAGCUGGCCCUCAAGAAGGUUCCCAAAGCCGAUCCCAACUAUCCGGCCAUAGAAGCGUCCUUUCUCAAAUAUGGCGGCACAACAGAUGCCCUAGCACCCCCGAAAUCAUCCUCCCAGAACAGCAGCACCUCGUCCUCAGAUGGAAAGCGCAAGCUCGAUCACACCAACGCCGCCUCGGAGAAAAAGUCGCGCUUGGCUGGGCAGGAUGAUGACGAUGAUGGCGAUGUCAAUGUCGAUGGCGAGGCCGAAGCCGAGCAGCCUCUCCCACCGUCAUACAACUUUGGGGACCAUUUCAUGCCCGUCGAACUCAUGAACGUUGUGUUCUCGUAUAUCCCGCUGGCGGCUCUGUGUCGACUUACCCGAGUGUCGCGGAGCUGGAGGAUAUACAUCUGCCACAACCGCAGCUUGUGGGCCCGGAUCGAUCUGUCGCCGCACUUCCGCAAGGUCACUGCGCCAAUUGCCCAGUCAGUCGCAUACCGUGCCCGCAGCCUGCUCAAAGACCUCAACCUGUCGCAGUGCCAUCAGAUCAACAACGCCGUGCUCCUAUCGCUGUCCAAACAGCGCUGCACCGAUCUUGUGUCCUUUCAGCUCACACGCAACAACAAAGUUGGCAGCCAGGCCUUGGCCCAGACGCUCAGAGUCAUCGGCAGGAACCUGCAGAGACUGAACCUGUCUCAGACCAGCAUCCAGGAUCAGCAUCUGCGGGAGGUCCUAAGAGCAUGCACGCAACUGCGGCAUCUCGACGUGUCGCUUUGCCCAGCAAUCCAAGCUGGCCUCCAAGCUCUCGACGAUGUUCCAUCGUCUCUGCUCGAGACAAUCAAGCUUAGCGACACCCGGACUACCGACAGCGCCGUGACAUCGGCGCUCCGGCGAUGUCCGCGGCUGCGGCAUCUUGACGUUGGUCGCUGCAAGGCCGUUACGCUCGCCACGGUCCUCAACUUCAGGGAGUCCAAAGCCGAGCUGGAGUCAUUGGUGCUUUCAGGCAUCACCGUCACGCCGCUUGCUGGAUUCUCGCUCCAAGACGGGCUGCUCUUGAUCGGCGAGCGGUUUUCCCAGUCUCUCAAGAGCUUUGAAAUGUACCAGUGCCCCGAGCUGACAGACGAGGGCAUCGAGCGUCUGACUCAGUUCUGCGACAAUCUGACGAUCCUGAACAUUGGGUACGCUGCCCACUUGACCAGUCGCUCACUCGAGAGCAUCGGACAGAACUGUCUCGCGCUUGAGCUACUGAAUAUUUCUCGCUGCCCCAAAAUGACCGAAUCGGGGCUUAUACGGGUCGUCGCGAACGCAACCAAGCUCACGCAUCUGGACUGCUCCUACUUUGAAGAUCAGCUCGAUCACGUACUCAAAUACGCCGCAGCAAACGCAGCCGGGCUCAGGCGCCUGUCCCUUGCAGGCUGUUCGCAGGUCACAGGCGCUGGGGUCGCUGCGCUGUUUUCCAAGAAGGGCAGUCCGCUCGAGUUCUUGAACAUCGACGACUGCUACAGAGUCUCGUCCGAUGUGGUGAGCGCCUUCCGGGCGGCGUUUCCGAAAGCCGUGGUCUCGUAUCGGUUCACGACUUGACGGAUGUGUGCGCUGUAUCAUGAUCAUGGCAGCUAUCGGCACGCCAUGUCUCGACUGAGUCGUUUGCUUUGCGCCCGAAUAUACGCAUGUCCAUCGCU